AUGGGACCUGGUGUACUUGCCAAAUGGGAAGAAGGCAAUACAGUGCAAGUGGCUGGCAAAAAUCAAGACGGAUGAGAAAGGAGAGCCAUCAGUUUACAAGAGCAGGCUGGUGGCAAAGGGGUUUCAGCAGAAAGAGAAAGAAGAUUACAAAGAAGUGUUUGCCCCAACUGCUAAGUCUCCAACGCUACGUGUGCUGCUGGCGGUAGCUGCUGUGCGCAAAUGGAAGGUGAAGCAGAUGGACAUCGUAACCGCUUUUCUGUACGGCAUUGUGGAAGAGGGACAGUACAUCAACACCUUGGCUGAGAAGUACUCUCUGCAGGAAGAACGGGAAGUGGUUACACCUUUGCCUUCCGAGUUCAAACUCAUAAAGGCAGCUGAAGGAGAAGGAGUUGAAAGUGAAGACCAGAGGCAAUUCCAAUCCAUGGUCGGGAGCCUACUCUACGCUGCUGUGCAUACUCGGCCUGACAUCAGCUUUGCUGUGGGACAGCUGGCUCGAGUAGUGCAAAAUCCAACAGAAGAGCAGUGUGGUGCAGCGGAGAGAGUGAUGCGCUACCUCAAGUCAUACCCUACAGUGGGAGUACAGUAUUCAGCCUCUGCUCAACUCAGGCAAAAAGGAGUUGAAGUCCUUCAAGAGAAGGGGGAGCAGCUCGGAGAAGGAAAGGUGUUCCUUUCCUGUUUUGCUGAUGCCACGUGGGCUUCUGAGCAUGAGGAUUCAUCAUCAGUUGGUGGAUACAUCUGCAUGGUGGGAGGUGGGCCUGUAAGUUGGAGGUCCAAGAAGCAGUCUGAAACGGCACUAUCGUCAGUGGAAUCUGAGUACAUGGCGAUGUUUCAUGCAGCAAAAGAAAUCAUUUGGCUAAGGAGGCUCUUGAAGGAGAUCGGCCAUGAACAGACUUGUGCGACACCUCUGUUCAGUGACAGCAAGGGAGCCAUUGCCAUGGCACGCAAUGCAGUUCUUCAUGGGUUGAACAAGCACAUGAGGAUCAAGUGGCAUUGGCUGCGGAAGGAGGUGAAGCUUGGGACACUGGAUCCGAUCUACGUGAAAACUCAGCAACAGCCAGCCGACUUCCUUACCAAGCGGCUAGCUGAAGAGCCACACUGGCGCUGUGCGAGAAUGGCGGGAAUGUCCAUGAACUAGAGAUGGCGAAACAAGCCGACAGUCUGAGGGGGAGUGUGUUGGUGCAUAUUCGUUUGCACGUCAUCCUGUCGU